GUUACAGUCAGGUAUCAGAUAAUAAGAAACAGGCUCUGAUUCGAUUUAGUAGCAGAACAAAACAAAGAAGAAUCUGGGACAGGACUGACUGAAGUCCAGAAGAUGGAGGAUUGUGAUGUAAAGGGGGACAGAUCAGAACAUCCAGGAUCCAGCUGCCCAUCUAUGAGGAGUGACUGGUCAAGAAGAGAACCUCCAGGAUUCAGUAAAGAAACUGGACCCUCAGAACUGACUGAAGUCCAGAAGAUGGAGGAUUGUGAUCUAAAGGGGGACAGAUCAGAACCUCCAGGAUCCAGCUGCCCGUCUAUGAGGAGUGACUGGUCAAGAAGAGAACCUCCAGCAUUCAGUAAAGAACCUGGACCCUCAGAAUGGAGGAAGAGGAGCAACGUUUGUGUGGAGGAGCAGCUGUCCUGCUGUUCUUUGUGUCAGAAGAUCUUGACAGAUCCAGUUUCUACCAGCUGUGGACACUGGUUCUGUAGACAGUGUAUCACGUCAUACUGGGUCCAGUCUGCUCCAUCAGGACCCUCUUCCUGCCCCCUGUGUUGGAGAAGACUCGGAACAGGAGCUGGACUGCUGGCAGCCAAUCAGAGCAGUUGUGCUCUAGGAGAUGUUGGUCUGCAGGAGAUUUUAGAGGAACACAAGAUCAGUCUCAGGAGGAGAUGUGAAUGUGUGACUGAAGGAAGUGAUGAACCAGAAAGUAGAACGCUCUUCAACAUGAUCUAUACUGAUCUCUACAUCACAGAGGGACAGAGUGAAGAAGUUAUUACCCAGCAUGAGGUGAAGCAGCUGGAGAGAGCUUCCAAGAUCCAGAACCUUCAUGACCCUCCAAUCAGGUGCCACGAGAUCUUUAAAGCCUUUCCGGACCAAUAUGGACCCAUCAGAGUGGUUCUGACCAAUGGCGUUGCUGGUGUUGGAAAAACCUUCUCAGUACAGAAGUUCACUCUGGACUGGGCAGAAGGCUUGGAGAACCAAGAUGUCAGUGUGGUGGUUCUGCUUUCGUUCAGGGAGCUGAACUUGAUCAGAGAUGAGCAGCACAGUCUUCUCACACUGCUCCAUGUUUUCCAUCCAAAACUUCAGAAGCUCCCAGCAGAGAAGCUGGCUGUCUGUAAACUUCUCUUCAUCUUUGACGGCCUGGAUGAAAGCAGACUUUCUCUGAACUUUGAUGACAGUCAGCUUGUUUCUGACAUCACACAGAAGUCAUCAGUCAACGUUCUGCUGACAAACCUCAUCAAGGGGAAUCUGCUUCCUUCAGCUCUUGUCUGGAUAACUUCCCGACCUGCAGCGGCCAGUCAGAUCCCUCCUUCAUUUGUUAACAGGGUAACAGAAGUGCGAGGCUUCACCGACACCCAGAAGGAAGAGUACUUUAGGAGGAGGUUCAGUGAUGGAGAGCUGUCCAGCAAAAUCAUCUCCCAUAUCAAGACCUCCAGAACCCUUCACAUCAUGUGUGCAAUCCCAGUCUUUUGCUGGAUCACUGCUACGGUUCUGGAGAACAUGUUGACCGCAGAGCAGGGAGGAGAGCUGCCAAAGACCAUGACUGACAUGUACUCACACUUCCUGCUGGUCCAGACGAAGAGGAAGAAGAACAAGUACCAAGAAGGAUGUGUGAGAAGUCCACAGGAGCUAAUGGAGGCUGACAAGGAAGUUCUUCUGAAGCUGGGGAGGCUGGCGUUUGAACAUCUGGAGAAAGGAAACAUCAUGUUCUACCAAGAAGACCUGGGGCAGUGUGGUCUGGAUGUCACAGAGGCCUUGGUGUACUCAGGAGUUUGUACAGAGAUCUUCAAAAGAGAGACUGUGAUCUUCCAGAAAUCAGUCUACUGCUUUGUUCAUCUGAGCAUUCAGGAGUUUCUCGCUGCAGUCUACAUGUUCCACUGUUUCACCAGCAGGAACACAAAGGUGAUAAAGAGAUUCCUGGGAGAAGAACUAGAAGAAGAAACCAAAGAAAUCCUUGAAGAAAAACUAGUACAAGGAAUAGUCCUAGAACAAAAAAAUAGUGAAACAUCUCUGGAUGACUUUCUAAAGAGAAUCAUGGAGAAAUCCCUCAGAAGGAAAAAUGGUCACUUAGACCUGUUUGUUCGCUUCCUUCAUGGCCUCUCUGUGGAGUCCAAUCAGAGACUAUUAAGAGGGCUCCCGGGUCUGACAAAGAAAAGUUUUGAAACCAUCCAGAGAGUCAUGAUCAACCUGAAGGAGAUGAACACUGGUAAUAUCUCUCCAGACAGAAGCAUCAACAUCUUUCAAUGUCUGAUGGAGAUGAAGGACCUCUCAGUUUAUAAGGAGGUCCAGCACUUCCUGAAAUCAGAGACCAGAUCAGAAAAGAAGCUCUCAGAGAUCCAGUGCUCAGCUCUCGUCUAUAUGCUGCAGAUGUCAGAGGAGGUUCUGGAUGAGUUAGACCUGGAGAUGUACAACACCUCAGAAGCAGGACGACGCAGACUGAUUCCAGCUGUGAGGAACUGCAGAAAGGCUCGACUUAAUGGCUGCAAACUCUCACAGACUGAAUGUGAAGUUGUAGCCUCAGCUUUGAAGUCCAACUGUUCUCCAGUGGAUGAAGUGGAAAUAAGAGAGAUUGAUGGAGUGCGAAACUCUGGAAUGAAGCAUCUGUGUGAGAUACUGGAGAGUUCAGUCUGUAAAGUGAGGAUCCUGAGAUUAGGGAGCUGCCGAUUAUCAGAGAUUAGCUGUGUUUCUCUCGGUUCGGCUCUGAAGUCCAACCCCUCCCAUCUGACAGAACUGGACCUGAGCUGGAAUGAAGACCUGAAAGAUGCUGGAGUGAAGGAGCUCUGUGGUUUUCUCCAUGCUCCCCUCUGCAAACUACAGAUAUUGAGACUGAGGAGCUGCAGGUUGUCAGAGGUCAGCUGUGCUUCACUAGGAUCAGCUCUGAAGUCCAACCCAUCCUAUCUGAUAGAACUGGACCUGAGUGAGAACAACCUGAAAGAUGCUGAUGUGAAGGAACUAUGUGGUUUUCUUCAGACUCCCCUCUGCAAACUACAGAUAUUGAGAUUGAGGAGCUGCAGGUUGUCAGAGAUCCACUGUGCUUCUCUGAGCUUAGUUCUAAAGUCCAACCCCAUACAUCUGAAAGAACUGGACCUGAAUCAGAACCAAGACCUGAAAGAUGCUGGAGUGAAGGAGCUUUGUGGUUUUCUUCAGACCCCCCUCUGCAAACUACAGAUAUUGAAACUGAGGAGCUGCAGUUUAUCAGACAUCAGCUGUGCUUCUCUGGGAUCGGCUCUGAAAUCCAACCCUUCCCAUCUGACAGAACUGGACCUGAGUCAGAACCAAGACCUGAAAGAUGCUGGAGUGAAGGAGCUUUGUGGUUUUCUCCAGACUCCCUUCUGCAAACUACAGAUAUUUAGAUUGCAACGCUGCAGUUUGUCAAAGAUCGGCUGUGCUUCUCUGGUGUCAGCACUGAAGUACAAUCCCUCCCAUCUGACAGAACUGGACCUGAGCUUCAACAGCCUGAAGAAGACAGAUGUUCAGCAGCUAGAUGAUCUUGUAAAGAGUCCAGACUACAAACUGAAAUCUGUGUAA